AUGGCUUCUGACCCCAAAGCAAGCAAAGACCCCGUUCUCAAAGCUGUCUACCAGGCUCCCCGCACAUCACAAGAAACGGCCGAGCCAUCAGCGCACACCUUUACCCGGCAGCUCUCUGCCUCUAUCCCUCCACCUGGCGAGAAUAGCACUGCGGAACGAACAAAGUACCUAGCAGAAUUACGAGGAUCAAUUGUAUCCUUACAAGCGGAUGUCAACGCCUUUCUUACGGAGAAGAUGGAGGAAGAUAAGCUACGUGACGCACAAGGAGGCGCCACAAUAGACGACAAAACAGAAGAAGACAACUAUGGCGAGGAAGUUGUCGAUGACGACGAGUGA